UCCUUUCUCCACGCUUUCCUCUCGUCCUCUUUAUAUUUCUCUUCUUCUUCCUCCCUUCCCCUUCCUCUCCUCUCCUCUCCUCUCCGUCUUCCAAAGCUCGCGGCCUUCUCGCUUUCGAUUUCUCUCUCUCGCGGACAGCGUGAAUUCGAGGGAUUUCUUGGCUGGUUUGGUUGUGGAUUGGAUUGGAUUGGGUUUCUGUGUGUGGAGGUGUGUGUGAUUAGAAGCUUUUGCGACUGGAGGAGGAGGAGAGAUGGGGGCGGGGGUGUCGGGCCUGUUCGGAUUGGGCGGCGACGAGGGGGAGACGUCGGCGGCGGUUGGUGGUGCCGCGGCGGCGGGUCUGGGCGACCUGCCGGAGCUGUGCGCGGCGGAGGUGCUGCUCCGGCUCGACGCGCCGGAGAUCUGCCGGCUCGCGCGGCUCAACCACGCGUUCCGCGGCGCGGCCGGGGCGGAUUUCGUGUGGGAGGCCAAGCUGCCGGAGAACUACCGGUAUCUGAUGAGCUUCGUGGAGGGCGGCGGCGGCGGCGACGACGGGAGGCAGCUGCGGCGGCGGCGGUGGCGGCCGGCUGGGAAGAAGGAGAUCUACGCGAGGCUGGCUAGGCCUGUGCCCUUCGAUGGCGGCUCAAAGGAGUUCUGGCUGGAGAAGAGCAAAGGCAGGGUUUGCAUGGCGCUAUCCUCCAAAUCUCUGGUGAUAACUGGGAUUGAUGAUAGGAGAUACUGGCAACACAUUCCAACUGCCGAAUCGAGAUUUUAUUCUGUGGCAUACCUUCAGCAAAUCUGGUGGUUUGAAGUGGUUGGAGAGAUCGAUUUCAGCUUCCCUGUUGGAACCUACAGCUUAUACUUCAGGAUUCAUCUCGGGAAGUUCUACAAGCGAUUUGGACGCCGAGUUUGCAGCACUGAGCAUGUCCAUGGUUGGGACAAGAAGCCUGUUCGCUUCCAGCUCUCCACCUCUGAUGGGCAGCACUCAUUAUCUCAGUGCUCCCUGGGUGAGCCCGGGAGUUGGGUACUUUACCAUGCAGGCGAUUUUGUGGUCUCAAAGCCUGACCAAACAAUCAAGCUGAAGUUCUCGAUGGCGCAGAUCGAUUGCACACACACAAAAGGUGGUCUUUGUGUCGACUCGGCGUUCAUAUACCCAAAGGGCUUUCAGCAGGAGAGGAUGGUCAGGUCUCAGAAAUGUAGAUGUUGAGAAGGAACUUACAUUAGAUUGUAGACAAAUGCAGCUUGCAGCCUAAUUCUAUUUUUAAUUUGGGCUCAUGUAUGCGCGGCGAAAGGUGUAUAUAAUUGUAGGCUUCAAUUUUGUGUGAUCGGUAACAUGAAUGUGCUUUGUGUGUCCAUUUUCCCAUGGUUUUUCCCCCUCCCUGGAGCUAAAUGGGUCUUCAAGUUACCCAUGAAAGAUUCUACCAAAUUGAGAUCAGAAAAUGUUGUUUACCUUUCUCCAAUUGCGAUACGUUGUUCUGGUGUUUUUUUCAUUUCCAUCCAUUGUCACUGUUUUUUACUACUGAUAUCCAAAUUUGACUUGCUUCAGGCACCUUUUGAAAUACAAAAA